UUUGUGCAAACCGUUUGUUUUUGGUGAGACAGCCUUAUUGGUCUUGUCGUUCGUUCCGUGUUUUUGAAGUUCCGUUAUUGUCAAGUGAUUCGGAUUGGCUCAAGUGGUGAUUCCGGUUUAGCUGGUGUCAUCUUCCCAGGAUCAACGAAGAAUGAUCACCCUACGGGUUGGCUUACUGGUGGCCCUGAGCCUGACGGCGACCCGUUGCGCGGACGAGGUUAUCUCAUGUCCUGGAGGAGAAUGCGUCAAGCUUCAUCUUUGUCGCGACGGAGAAAUUGUGACAGAUGGUUCUAAUUUGAUUGAUAUCCGAUUCAAUGAAGAUGAUCCAUGCGAACAUUAUCUCCUGAAAUGCUGCGCAGUCCCCAUUGAUGAAAUAACCGAACCCUUGUCCACUGGUUCAACAGGUCAAACCGGUGGACCGACGUCGGGAGAUCUUCACAAGGGAAACGAAAACGGAAAGGAGAACGGGAACGAUAACGGCAACGAUAACGGCAACGAUGACGAUGAUAUUGCGGAACCACCACCAUCUGGUGGUCAGGGAAACCAUGGAGGGCAAGGAACUCAUGGAGGUACUGGUGGUGCAGGAGGUUCUGAUGGAUCCAGUGGUGGCGGUGGUUCUCAUGGCGGGGGCCCUGGAACUGGAGGUUCUGGAGGUUCAUCUGGUUCGGGAACUCAAGGAGGUAAUACAGGAACUGGCGGUCCCGGUGGAUUCCCAGGUAGCGGAGAAUCUGAUGGACAUGGUGGUGAUGUUAAACCUAAUGGUCCAGACUACGGUGCAGGUGGUUCUCAUUCGGGUGGUGGAGGUCACGGUGUUACACAAAGCCCGCUACAUCCACCGAGGGAAAACGUAGGAUGUGGAGUUCGGAAUGCGGACGGUGUUGGUUUUCGCAUCACUGGCAAUUCUGAUGGAGAAUCCGAGUACGGCGAGUUCCCUUGGAUGGUAGCGAUUUUGAAGGAAGAAAAGGCCCUGGAUCAAGUCAUCAAUGUAUAUCAAUGUGGAGGGUCCUUGAUUCAUCCCAAAGUUAUUCUAACAGCAGCCCACUGUGUUCAGAACAAACAACCUCAUGAGAUCAAAGUUAGGUUGGGUGAAUGGGAUACACAAACUACCAAUGAAAUUUACGACCAUCAGGACCGGAAUGUUACAGAGAUUAUUGUUCAUGACCAAUUCUAUAAAGGUGGAUUGUUCAACGAUGUUGCUUUGCUAAUAUUGGAUCAUCCAGCGGAACUAAUUGACACCGUCAACACUGUAUGUUUACCACCACAAGAUAAAAACUUCGACAUGAAACGUUGCUUUGCUUCCGGCUGGGGCAAAGACACUUUCGGAAAGGAAGGGAAAUAUCAGGUUAUUCUAAAGAAAAUUGAACUCCCUGUUAUGCCAUUCAACGACUGCCAGAGUGCGUUACGAACCACUAGACUAGGCAAACGAUUCGUACUGAACAAAAGCUUCAUUUGUGCGGGUGGUGAACCGGGUAGGGAUACCUGCAAGGGUGAUGGCGGAUCUCCGUUGGUCUGUCCGAUCGAGAAUACGAACCGUUAUUAUCAGGCAGGAAUUGUCGCUUGGGGCAUCGGAUGCGGUGAAAUGGGCAUUCCUGGAGUCUAUGUGAACGUGGCUGGAUUCAGGAACUGGAUCGAUCAGCAUCUAACUACUCGUGGUAUUAAGCACGACUAUUACAUUCAUGUGUGAGACUGAGAGAUGAUAUUUUAAUAAAUAUGUGAAAACUUU